AUGCAUCGUUUGAGUCUUCUACUUGUCGUGGCCGGAUCAUUUGCAGUUUUGGGCAAUGUACUUCCCCCCAACCGUACCAACGAGGGCGAAGAACGCAUAGUUGGAGGAUCGAACGCGGCGCCUGGUCAGUUCCCCUACCAGGCGUCACUACGGUCAGCAUUCAAUGUUCAUUUUUGUGGUGGUUCCAUCAUCAGCAGUCGAUACGUUCUGUCGGCCGCUCACUGUACUUUCGGACGAUCUGUAGCCGAUACUCGUGUCGUAGUUGAAACUCACCUGUUGAGCAGUGGUGGUAUCAUGCAUCAAGUUUUUCGUAUCGUGAAUCAUGAUUUGUUCAACCGUAACUAUAUGGCAAAUGACGUAUCGCUUUUGCAAACAGUUUAUACGAUCGCCUUCAAUAACUUGGCGCAACCUAUCCCUCUUGGAACUGCAUUCAUUGAUACAGCAUACGCAGCAGUCGCUUCGGGAUGGGGACAAUUGGGUGCAAAUCUCCAUUCGCCUGACAACCUCCAAUUUUUGUAUAAAAAUAUUAUAAGUCUUGGGGAUUGUCGAGCUCGCCUAGGUGGUAAUGCUGUGAUGGUAUAUGAUAACACCAUUUGUUCGCUGGCGCCUUAUGGUCAAGGAAUAUGCAUGGGCGAUUCAGGUGGUCCGUUGGUACACGGUGGUGCCGUUCACGGAAUCGCAUCGUGGGUAAUUCCGUGUGGCGUAGGAUUUCCAGAUGUGUACGCCCGUGUGGCAUCCCAUUUCAACUGGAUUAUGCUCAAUGCCAUAUAA